AUGGAGCACGAACGCGACGACGACUGGGUUUCUGUUACGCCGCCUGGCUCGCCUGCCACCCAGAAAGUCUUUGCGGACGCUGAGCUGGUAUCGCCCAAGGAAGCGGGGUUCACCCACGACGAGGACGUGCGUAUUCUCGAAGAAAAGAACUCGGCUCUAGCGGCCGAGAAUUGCUUGCUCAAGCACGCCCUAGCUCAGGCCGUCGAGCGUAUCGAGCGUAAUGAUGCGUGGGUGGCCAUCCAUGGCAAGACUCGUAAGGCCAAACAUUCGACCAGUGAACCAAUCGGUAUUUCAAAGGUCCAGAAUGCCCACAGAUGCGUUAAUCCUAGAAAGCAGGAGGAUGACUUUUCCCGCCGCGCCGAACACGAUACCAAGGUCGCACGGGAGGCGUUGGCGCGAUACCUCGCGGCCGUGGAUGGCAAGCCUCCGCCGUCAUCCGCUUCGGUUACCCGCACGGGCGUUAAGCGUGAGCGGACCGAGAGCGAAGUCAAGGCGCUCGUCGAGUGGUGGUCGCAGGUAACGUAG